AUGCCCGCGCGCACACCGGGUCUGAGCAAGCGGCCCGCGUGUCCUCCUGAGAACUCCGGGCUCCCGGGAGGUCGGGAGGUCGCGGCGCCGCGGUCCCCGAGGACAGGGCGGGAGGACGGGCCAGGCACGCCCCUCCGGGAGCUGGGAGAGGCCGGGGCACAGCCGCGGGGACACCGAGGGCGCCGCUGCGGCACCGCCACACCGCGGGGGGCCCGGGGCGGCCGACGGGGCUUCUCAGGGAGUCCGUGUCCGCGGCUUCGGCCCCAGGUCUGCGGUGACCGGUCACGCGGCCCUGGGCAGGCGCACGCGGGGGGAGAGGCCCUUCCGGCGGCUCAGGCUGGGCUCGGCCCCCCGCAAGCGGCCCCGGCGUGGUCGGUGCUGGGCACAUGGCCUCCAGCCCCGGAGAGGCUCCGACGGCGGCGGCGCAGCCACGGGGACAAGCGCGCGCCCUCGGCCGGGUGGGGCGCACGCAGGGAGCCGCGGGUGGGGCGCGCCUGCACGGCGGGGGCCUCACCGCUGCGUCCCCAAGGCCGAGGCCAGGGCUUCCCCCCGACGGGCCCGACUCCAGGGGCGCGCGGCGGCGCCCGGGCUCCGGCUCCACUCCCGGGGCUUCAGGCCGCAGGGCGCAGGCGCGGGCCUCGCACGGGCGCUCGGGGUCGCACCGCCUGGGGGUCUCCUGAGGGCGCUGAUCCCGGCGACGCGCCGCCUUGGCCCUCGGCCCCCAGGCCCAUGUUUCGCAGCGAGGACACGAGCCGCCCGACAGGGACGUGGAACACGAUGCAGCAGCCACGGGCUCGACCCACGGGGAGCCCAGGCCGCCGAGGAGCGUCGAGGUCGCCGGGCGGCUUCAGCCUGCCUGCAGGCGGCGGCGGUCUACACUGCCACAUCCGGGUCACGCGGGGGUCACACGGGGGUCACGCGGAAGGCAGGGCCGUGCUGGGAGUGCCGCGCCGCCGUCCUCGUGGGGCCCCGAGGGCCGCUCCGCCAGGGAGGUCUCCCGCGGCGGCCACAGGCGGGCACAGGGGGUCGUCCAGGAGGCCGGCCGGAGGCAGACGGAGCUGCGGGACGGGCGCGCCACGGGCUCAGGGCCCAGGUGCCUCCAUCCGCAAAGCUCGAGGUGGAGACCGCGUGCUCCCUCGUGCCCGCCCCCGCGGUGAGGCCUCGGAGCUGCUCCGCCGGCCCGGCCCGGAAGCCAGGGCUCCACGGGGUCUCCGCCGCCUCCCCUGCUGCUGCCCCGGAACCGGAACCGAGCAGAGGAGACCUCGCGGGAACUGCCGUCGGGACAGCCUCAAGGGGAAAGCCGGCCUUACCCGGCCCAGGGCAGCAGGAAGCGCCAAGACUUCCGGGUGGGCUGCCGCCACACUCAGCCAAUGA